AGAUGUCAUCAUCGGAGCCGGAGCCAGACCAACCCGGUAUCUACCGAAGUGAGCAGAUGACACUCGCUCAACUCUUUCUUCAGUCCGAAGCUGCUUAUCAAUGUGUAGCUGAACUUGGUGAACUUGGGCUGGUUCAAUUUCGAGAUCUCAAUCCUGACACAAGUGCUUUUCAAAGAAAAUACGUUAACGAAGUUCGCCGAUGCGAUGAGAUGGAAAGGAAAUUGAGAUAUCUUGAGCGCGAAAUAAAGAAAGAUCAAAUUCCGAUGUUGGACACCGGUGAGAACCCUGACGCACCCCAGCCUCGCGAAAUGAUCGAUCUUGAGGCGACUUUCGAAAAACUCGAGAAUGAGCUGCGGGAGGUCAACAGAAACGAAGAGACACUGAAGAAGAAUUUCUCAGAAUUAACUGAGUUGAAGCAUAUCCUUAGAAAAACACAAACUUUCUUCGAGGAGGUUGAGCACGAUCGACGUCAUAUUGGUGAAGCAUCAAGACGGAGAACAUUGUCCGAAGAUCAGGAGCCACUUAUCGUAACUGCUGAAGAAGAAGCAUCAUUAGGACUGGGUUUAUCGAUGACAAUGUUAAGACUCGGCUUUGUUGCUGGCGUAAUCCGUCGAGAACGUCUACCAGCGUUUGAACGCCUUCUUUGGCGUGCAUGUCGUGGCAACGUUUUUCUGCGCACGUCUGAGAUAGAUGACGUUCUUAAUGACACAGUGACGGGCGAGCCGGUCAAUAAAACAGUAUUUAUCAUCUUUUUCCAAGGAGACCAGCUGAAAACCAAAGUGAAGAAAAUUUGUGAAGGCUUUCGUGCAACGUUAUAUCCAUGUCCGGAUACUCCUCAGGAGCGACGUGAAAUGUCUAUCGGAGUGAUGACUAGAAUUGAAGAUUUGAAGACAGUUUUAGGGCAGACGCAAGACCAUCGUCAUAGAGUGCUGGUAGCGGCUUCAAAGAACGUUCGUAUGUGGUUGACGAAGGUGCGAAAGAUAAAGUCAAUUUACCAUACACUAAACCUCUUCAACAUCGACGUCACCCAUAAAUGCCUGAUAGCUGAAUGCUGGUGCCCUGUCAGCGAGUUAGAGCGCAUCAAAAUGGCCCUCAAACGUGGAACGGAAGAAAGUGGUAGCCAAGUGCCAUCAAUUUUGAAUCGAAUGGAAACCACUGAAGCCCCACCAACUUACCACAAAUCAAACAAAUUUACUCGGGGAUUUCAAAAUAUAGUUGACUCUUAUGGGGUGGCAACAUACAGAGAAAUUAAUCCCGCUCCAUACACAAUGAUCUCGUUCCCUUUUCUUUUUGCAAUAAUGUUUGGGGAUCUUGGCCAUGGUCUCAUCAUGUUAGCUGCUGCUCUUUUCUUUAUUCUCAAAGAGAAGCAACUGGAAGCUGCUCGAAUCAAGGAUGAGAUUUUCCAAACUUUCUUCGGCGGUCGAUAUGUGAUCUUCCUGAUGGGCGCGUUUUCUAUAUAUACUGGCUUUCUUUACAAUGAUAUUUACGCGAAGAGUGUGAACGUAUUCGGAUCUGGAUGGACCAAUUGUUAUGAUCUGACCGAGAUUGAGAGGCUCAAAUAUGGUGCGGAAAGAAACUUGAUGCUUAUUCCUGAGAAAGCAUAUGAUACCGCCGGUGGACCAUAUCCUAUUGGAGUCGAUCCCAUAUGGAAUUUAGCGGAGUCCAACAAGCUAAACUUUUUGAAUUCAAUGAAAAUGAAAAUUUCUGUCAUUGUUGGUAUUGCGCAGAUGACCUUCGGUGUAUUACUUAGUUACCAAAACUACAAAUACUUCAAGUCGGACUUGGACAUUAAGUUCAUGUUCAUACCACAAAUGAUAUUCUUGGCCAGCAUAUUUAUGUACCUUUGCUUAGAAAUCGUUGUCAAGUGGAUUUUCUUUACAGCAGGGGUAAACUCCAUUUUUGGUUACAAAUAUCCCGGUUCGAAUUGCGCGCCAUCGCUGUUGAUUGGGCUUAUCAACAUGUUCAUGUUCAAAGCAUUACCCUCUGGUUUUGUGGAAGAAGACGGACAUCAAAAGUUCCAGUGUCAUCUCAACUUUUGGUACCCCGGACAGGGAUUUUUCCAAACACUAUUCGUACUGGUGGCGAUCGCCUGCGUGCCGAUCAUGCUGUUCGCAAAGCCUUACAUGCUAUGGAAGGCAGAUAAAGAACGUCGCGAGUCUGGUCACAGACAGCUGGGUAUCGUCGAGCGGGUGCUUCUGGUGUUAGCGGUGGUGCAAGUGCCUCUGAUGCUUUUCGCCAAGCCUUUGAUUCUGCGCUAUCGUAGUCGAGUGACCAACGCUCACUAUUACACACUGCGCGAUGAGAGUGUUCGAGCUGACAUGAAUGGAGACGAUGCAGAGGUCGUUCAUGCGGAGCCAAAAACUACUUCUACUGUCGGGAGUGGUGGAGGUGACCAUGGGCAUGGUGGUUCUGGACCGUUUGAAUUUGGCGAGGUGAUGGUAUAUCAGGCGAUUCACACCAUUGAGUUCGUUCUCGGAUGUGUAUCCCACACGGCAUCCUAUCUUCGACUUUGGGCACUUUCACUAGCUCAUGCUCAGCUGUCGGAAGUCUUGUGGUCUAUGGUAUUUCGCCAUUCGUUCCGCCUUGAUGGCUAUUAUGGAGCUGUGGCCACCUACGUUCUCUUCUUUAUCUUUGGCUCCCUGUCGAUAUUCAUUCUAGUGCUUAUGGAAGGCUUGUCGGCUUUCUUGCAUGCUCUUCGUCUUCACUGGGUUGAGUUCCAGUCGAAAUUCUAUGGAGGCUUGGGUCAUGCGUUCACUCCAUUCUCCUUCGAGAAAAUACUUGAGGAGGAGAGAGAAGCAGAAGAAACUCUGUAG